AUGCGUUUCACCGCUGCCACCCUCUUCGCCCUCGUCUCCUUGGUUGCUGCCCAGGAGACCACUCCCGUCGUCCCUACCCCCACCACCCCCGCCGUCCCCGGCGCUUCUGAGCUCAGCUCCAUCAUCGGCUCUGCUUCCAGCGCCCUCGAGUCUGGCGCCUCUGAGAUCCUGAGCAGUGCCUCCGGCGCCGCCUCCUCCAUCGCCGGCGAGGCCUCGUCCCGCCUCGGCUCCAUUACCUCUUCCGCCGCUGCCGAGCAGAGCUCCCUGAGCCAGGCCCUCUCCUCCGCCACCAACUCUGAGGAAUCUGCCGCCGCCUCCUCCGCUAUCGCAUCUGCCUCCAGCCGCGCUGCCUCGCAAGCCUCCGACGCGACCGCCAGUGGUACUGCCUCCGGCACUGCCUCCCCUGGCGCUGGUGCCCACCAGACCGCCGCAGUCGCUCUCGGCGCCCUCUUUGGUGGUGCUGCCGUCGUUGCCAACUUCUAA